AUGUCAGAAAAGUUACAGACAAUGCCAUGUGGCGUAGUUGACGAUCAGGAUUCAUCGGAGACUGCAGUGAGAGCUAAUAUCACCCUUUCCCAGGCCCCAAACACCCUCCCCCAGGCCCCACUCACCCUCUCCCAGGCCCCUCUUAUCCUCUCCCAGGCCCCGCUCAUCCUCUCCAAGGCCACGGUCAUCCUCUCCAAGGCCCCACCCACUCUCUCCAAGGCCCCACCCACCCUCACCCUGGGCCAACUCACCCUCUUCCAGGCCCCACUCACCCUCUCCCAGGCCCCACUCACCCUCUACCAGGCCCCGCUCACCCUCUCCCAGGCCCCACUCACCCUCCCCCAAGCCCACUCACCCUCUCCCAGGCCCCACUCACCCUCUCCAAGGCCCCACUCACCCUCCCCCAAGCCCACUUACCCUCUCCCAGGCUCCACUCACCCUCUCCCAGGCCCCACUCACCCUCUACCAGGCCCCGCUCACCCUCUCCCAGGCACCACUCACCCUCCCCCAAGCCCACUCACCCUCUCCCAGGCCCCACUCACCCUCUCCCAAACCCCACUCAUCCUCCCCCAGGCUCCACUCACCCUCUACCAGGCCCCGCACACCCUCCCCAGGCCCCACUCCCCCUCCCCCAAGCCCACUCACCCUCUCCCAGGCCCCACUCACCCUCUCCCAAACCCCAGUCAUCCUCCCCCAGGCUCCACUUACCCUCCCCAAAGCCCACUCAACCUCUCCCAAGCCCCACUCAUCCCCUCCCAAGCCCCACUAACCCUCUCCCAAGCCCCACUCACCCUCUCCCAAGCCCCACUCAUCCUCUCUCAAGCCCCACUCACCCUCUCCUAG